AAUUCAUGUAUCCUUCUAGACUUCUGGUCAAAGGUUAUUGCGGACUUUAAUAGCGUUGCCAAGUCUGAGCCCAAAGUAUUGUCAUACCACAUCCAGCGAGGAAUCCCACCAAGCGUUCGGUGUAUGGUGUGGGAACUACUCACCAAGUCAAAAGACCCACAACUUGAAGAACAGUACAUGCAACUUCUCGGUGAAGAAUCAGUCUAUGAACAAGCAAUAGCUCGUGAUCUUCUCAGAACCUUUCCAGAACACGACUUUUUCCAAAGCAGCGAUGGUCAAGAAGCUCUUUUUAAUGUUGUGAAAGCCUACUCAUUGUACGACAAAGAAGUUGGCUACUCUCAGGGUCUGGCACAUGUUGCUGGUCCACUCCUCUUAAAAAUGCCAGAAGAAGAAGCAUUUUGUGUAUUGGUUCAGCUUAUGAACCGAUACGGAUUGCGGGGAAACUUCUCUCCUCAGCCAGAAUUGCUUGCUCAGCGUCUUUUCCAGCUCGAUGGAUUGCUCGCAGACCAUCUUCCCCAUGUCCGUCGCCAUUUUGAAGUUCAGGGUGUUCAGGCCAAUAUGUAUGCCACCCAGUGGUUCCUCACUCUCUUCACCUACAAAUUCCCCCUUGAAGUCAUCUUCAGACUCUACGAUGUUAUCUUUUCCGAGGGUAUCGACGUAGUUUUUAGAUUUUCCCUUGCACUCUUGGAAAAGAACCAAUCUAAGAUUCUCAGUCUUGAUUUUGAUCAUCUUAUACCCUUUUUAAAAAACGAUCUUCUUGAAAUAUACGAUGAAAACGCUAGUUUAUUUAUUCACGACGCUUUCCAGAUAAAGAUUGCUACAAAACGUCUUGAGAAAUUGUCCAAGGAAUACCAAGUUGAAGCAGCUAGGGCAAACUCUGAGGCUGAAGCAAUCGAAGCCAUGCGACGACAAAAUAAAGCACUGUCUGAGACUGUCCGCCAGCUUGAAAUCCACAUUACCGACCUCAACAAAGGACACAAAGAAGUAGCUACAGACCUUAUCAGUACAAAGAUGGAAAUAGCUCGAUUCCAUGACGAAAACGACGCUCUCCGGCAACAGUCUUAUGAUCUCAAAAAAGCACUGGAAACUAUGCCAUUUGAGGUUGAGCAACGUGUCAAGGAUGAAAUGGAAAUCCUAGCCACAAAGAACGCGGCUCUAGUCGAACGUAAUUCUUCUCUGGAAGACCAGUUGGUGUACAUGGAGAAUAUGGUCAUUGAUAUCAAAGUCAAGUACGCAGACAGCGAAAAUGAAAGAGAAACACUACGCCAGCGUCUUUCUGAGCUGAAGCGUUUAAUGGGUUGA